GUGUGGGGUGCGUGGGCAGGUCGGGGGUUGGGUGAUCGGAAGACGUUUGCAGCUGAUAAUUGCUUUGAAGAUGGGGGAGAGGUCGUUUUUGUAAACAACUGAACGGGCGACGGGCCGCCAUGGAGACCGUCCUUUGGCUGACGCUGGCGGUCGGCCUGCUGGGCGCCGCCUCCGCCGACAACCCGUGCAACCCGCGGCUGCUGGUCGGCCAGCGGCGCGGUGGCAGCCGCAACGUUACGGUGCGGGCGCCAUACGGCUGCAACUGCACUGACAUGCGGCUGCAGGUGCUGCAGGACGACGGCUGGGUGGCCGGCAACGGCAGCUGUUCGGACUGCAGCUGGCGCGAUGUGAAGAAGCGCAACCGCAGCGUGGUGCUGGAGGCCGACCGCCGCGUGAGCUGGACGGUGUUCUACGCCGGCAGGUACCGGCCGUCGGUCGGCAGAUGCACGUGCGACCCCAGCGACGAGGCCGAGUGCGCGGGCUUCAUAGGCGAGGUCAAGGGGGCCGAACUGUGGGUCGACGGCAUGGCGAACCAAACGGCGUGGAACGUGACCGUCUGGCUCACGCAGACGGCCAGCGGGGACAUGGCGGUACAGGUGCGCCAGGUGGUGGACGACGAGGCGCCAUACUUUUUUCGGUCUCUGCGUGUGACCAUGAGGAGCAACGACACGCGCUCGAAGACGAAGGCGGUGAGAUGCAGGACGGCCGACAACUGCGAGAUCGUCAUUUUCAACGCGCGGCCUGGCAGGUACGAGGUGCGUGUCUCUCCGAUGCACGUCAUCAGCCCGGCGUCGGGCGAGAUCGUCCGCGUCAUCACUCAAGAGGUGACGGCGCACGAGGAGUCGCGGCCGCCGGCGGCACCCAGCAGACAGUCGUCCAAGAGUCUGUACAUCGUGCUGGGCGUGGUGACCGCCUGCGCCGUCGCCUUCGGCAUCCUCUGCAUCGUGAGCAGAAGCCGCCGCGACUCGUGGGCUAACUGGCUGCCGUUCGGCGACGCCACGAUGCUGGCGCCGGCCGCCAAGGCGACGGGGUCGGACGCCGCGAUGACCCUCAUCUUCCACCGCGGCCUGGAUCGGCUGGCGCCGCUGCCCCUGGACCACCUGUGCUCGUACCUGACUGAACACGGUGUUGACGUGCGCGACUUCCGCAACCGUGAGCUGCUGGGCCUGCUACAUCGGCAGCCGUCGCUUCACGACGCGCUGGGCCUGGAGCCGCUGCGCGGCGCGCGGCUGCUGUUCGUCAGCAGCGGCGCGCCGGACGAGGCCGCCUCGUCCUCGGCGCGCCCGCUCGUCCAGCAGUACGACAGCGUGCUGCGCCAGGUGCGCAACGCCCGACUAGCGCUCGACUACGACCGCGUGUUCACGGUCACGCUGGGUGGCGCGGCCGGGCCGGCGCUGGCCGGCCUGCCCGAGGGCCGGCUCUUCCGCUCACCGGAGGACCUGCAGCUACUGGUGGAGCACCUGCGCGCGCCGGCCGCCCGACCGCCAGCGCCAGUCAUCGGCCUGGACGACGCGGCUUGGGACAAGGUGUGAGACGGGCUCACCAGUAGCUGGAGCCUCGUGCUGUUUUGAGUUUGGUCGCACGCGGAGUUCCAACGCCAACGUGAGGUGCAAGUGGAGUGCGCCGUUGUCGGUGGACGCAGAUGCUGUGUGGCUGUGCUCAAUCAAUGUGUCUUUUGCUUUCAUCGGUGAGGACUCGUCAAUGGAUGUCGGGCUCGGGGUGGGCGGAGUCUUAUGUCAAACGCAUGUUACAUCUGGCAAAUCGUUUGCACUGGGUCCAUCGU